AUGGGCGCCGGGGGCCAGCGGGGGGCGGCGGCCGUGCCGUUGCUGGUGGCCGUGGCCGCGCUGUUGGUGGGCGCCGCCGGCCACCUGUACCCUGGAGAAGUGUGUCCCGGCAUGGACAUUCGAAACAACCUGACCCGGCUGCACGAGCUGGAAAACUGCUCCGUCAUCGAAGGGCAUCUGCAGAUCCUGCUGAUGUUUAAGACGAGACCCGAGGAUUUCCGUGACCUCAGUUUCCCCAAACUCAUCAUGAUCACCGACUACCUGCUGCUCUUCCGCGUCUACGGGCUGGAGAGCCUCAAAGACUUGUUCCCCAACCUGACGGUCAUCCGGGGCUCGCGCCUCUUCUUCAACUACGCGCUGGUCAUCUUCGAGAUGGUGCACCUGAAGGAGCUGGGCCUGCACAGCCUCAUGAACAUCACACGGGGGUCCGUGCGCAUCGAGAAGAACAAUGAGCUCUGCUACCUGGCCACCAUUGACUGGUCGCGCAUCCUGGACUCUGUGGAGGACAACUACAUCCUGCUGAACAAAAACGACAAUGAGGAGUGUGGGGACAUCUGCCCAGUCAAUGCCAAGGGCAAGAGCAACUGCCCAGCCACUGUCAUCAACGGGCAGUUCGUUGAGCGGUGCUGGACCCACAGCCACUGCCAGAAAGUGUGUCCUCCCAUCUGCAAGUCGCACGGCUGCACGGAAGAAGGCCUCUGCUGCCACAACCAGUGCCUGGGCAACUGCUCCGAGCCCGACGACCCUACCAAGUGUGUGGCCUGCCGCAACUUCUACCUGGACGGCAGGUGCGUGGAGACCUGCCCGGCCCCGUACUACCACUUCCAGGACUGGCGCUGCGUGAACUUCAGCUUCUGCCAGGACCUGCACAACCAGUGCAAGAACUCUCACAGGCAGAACUGCCACCUGUACGCCAUCCACGGCAACAAGUGCGUCCCUGAGUGCCCCUCCGGCUACACCAUGAACUCCAGCAACCUCUUGUGCACCCCCUGCUUGGGCCCCUGCCCCAAGGUCUGCCACCUCCUGGAGGGCGAGAAGACCAUCGACUCGGUGACAUCAGCCCAGGAGCUCCGAGGCUGCACCGUGGUCAACGGCAGUCUGAUCGUCAACAUCCGGGGAGGCAACAACCUGGCAGCCGAGCUAGAGGCCAACCUGGGGCUCAUUGAGGAGAUCUCAGGCUAUCUCAAGAUCCGCCGCUCCUACGCGCUGGUGUCUCUCGCUUUCUUCCGGAAGUUACGUCUGAUUCGAGGAGAGACCCUGGAAGUCGGGAACUACUCCUUCUACGCCUUGGACAACCAGAACCUAAGGCAGCUGUGGGACUGGAGCAAACACAACCUCACCAUCACCCGCGGGAAACUCUUCUUCCACUACAACCCCAAACUCUGCUUGUCGGAGAUUCACAAGAUGGAAGAGGUGUCGGGAACCAAAGGGCGUCAGGAGAGGAAUGAUAUUGCCCUGAAGACCAAUGGGGAUCAGGCGUCCUGUGAAAACGAAUUACUCACAUUUUCUUACAUCCGCACGUCUCCUGACAAGAUCUUGCUUAAAUGGAAGCCGUACUGGCCACCUGACUUCAGAGACCUUCUGGGCUUCAUGCUGUUCUACAAGGAGGCCCCCUAUCAGAAUGUGACCGAGUUUGACGGGCAGGACGCGUGUGGCUCUAACAGCUGGACAGUGGUGGACAUCGACCCGCCCCCGAGGUCCAACGACCCCAAGAUGCAGAGCCAACCUGGGUGGCUGAUGCGGGGUCUCAAGCCUUGGACCCAGUACGCCAUCUUCGUCAAGUCCUUGGUCACCUUUUCUGAUGAACGCCGGACCUACGGGGCCAAGAGUGACAUCAUCUAUGUCCAGACAGACGCCACCAAUCCUUCUGUCCCCCAGGAUCCUAUCUCGGUCUCCAAUUCCUCAUCCCAGAUUCUCCUGAAGUGGAAGCCUCCCUCAGACCCCAAUGGCAACAUCACGCACUACCUGGUGUUCUGGGAGAAGCAGGUGGAGGACAGUGAGCUGUAUGACCUGGAUUAUUGCCUCAAAGGGCUGAAGCUGUCUUCCCGAGCCUGGUCCCCGCCAUCGGAGGCCGAGGGCGCCCAGAAGCCCAACCAGAGCGACUAUGAGGAGGCGGCCGGCCAGUGCUGCUCCUGCCCCAAGACGGACUCCCAGAUCAUGAAGGAGCUCGAGGAGUCGUCCUUCCGCAAGACCUUCGAGGACUACCUGCACAACGUCGUCUUCGUGCCCAGGCCGUCGCGGAAGCGCAGGGCUCUGGGGGACGCCGGGAACGUGACCGUGGCCGCGCCCACCGUUCCGGGCUUCCCCAACGCCUCCUCCACCAGCGAGCCCACUAGCCCAGCCCAGUUCCGGCCCUUCGAGAAAGUGGUAAACAAGGAGUCUUUGGUCAUUUCCGGCCUGCGCCAUUUUACGGGCUACCGUAUUGAACUGCAAGCGUGCAACCAAGAUGUCCCCGAAGAAAGAUGCAGCGUGGCCGCCUACGUCAGCGCCAGAACCAUGCCGGAAGGCAAGGCGGACGACAUCGUUGGUCCAGUGACCCAUGAAAUCUUAGAGAACAACAUCGUUCACUUGAUGUGGCAGGAACCAGAGGAACCUAAUGGUCUGAUUGUGCUAUAUGAAGUGAGUUACCGGCGAUAUGGCGAUGAGGAGCUUCACCUCUGCGUGUCCCGAAGGCACUUUGCUGUGGAGCGGGGCUGCCGGCUGCGUGGGCUGCCCCCAGGCAACUAUAGUGUGCGCGUGAGGGCCACCUCCCUGGCGGGCAAUGGCUCCUGGACCGAAGCCACCUAUUUCUACGUGACCGACUACUUGGAUGUUCCGUCGAACAUCGUGAAGAUCAUCAUCGGCCCCCUCAUCUUCGUCUUCCUCUUCAGUGUUGUGAUUGGGAGUAUUUACCUGUUCCUGAAGAAGAGACAUCUUGAUGGGCCCAUGGGACCGCUGUACGCGUCUUCAAACCCUGAGUACCUCAGUGCCAGUGACGUGUUCCCCUGCUCGGUGUACGUGCCGGACGAGUGGGAGGUGCCUCGUGAGAAGAUUGCCCUCCUGCGGGAGCUGGGCCAGGGCUCCUUCGGCAUGGUGUACGAGGGCAACGCCAGGGACGUCAUCAAGGGCGAGGCGGAGACCCGAGUGGCCGUGAAGACCGUGAACGAGUCAGCCAGCCUGCGCGAGCGCAUCGAGUUCCUGAACGAGGCCUCGGUCAUGAAGGGCUUCACCUGCCACCACGUGGUGAGUCUGGCCCUGCCCCCCCCUGCCCUGGACACUGGGCUGGACUUUGGAAUGACCAGAGAUAUCUACGAGACUGACUAUUACCGGAAAGGCGGCAAGGGACUGCUCCCUGUGCGCUGGAUGGCCCCAGAAUCGCUGAAGGACGGUGUCUUCACCACAUCUUCCGACAUGUGGUCCUUUGGCGUGGUCCUGUGGGAGAUCACCAGUCUGGCAGAGCAGCCUUACCAAGGGCUGUCCAACGAGCAAGUGCUGAAGUUCGUCAUGGAUGGAGGCUACCUGGACCAGCCUGACCACUGUCCUGAGAGAGUUACCACCCUGAUGCGCAUGUGCUGGCAGUUCAACCCCAAGAUGCGGCCCACCUUCCUGGAGAUCGUGGACCAGCUCCAGGACGACCUGCACCCCAGCUUCCCGGAAGUCUCCUUCUUCCACAGCGAGGAGAACAAGGCCCCUGAGAGUGAGGAGCUGGAGCUGGAGCUCGAGGACAUGGAGAGCAUCCCCCUAGACCGCUCCUCACACUCCCAGAGGGAAGAGGCCGGGGGCCGGGACGGCGGCUCCUCCCUGAGUCUGAAGCGCAGCUACGACGAGCAUGUGCCCUACACACACAUGAACGGGGGCAGGAGGAACGGGCGCACCCUCAGCCUGCCCAGGCCCAGCCCUUCCUAACGCUGCCUGCGGGCGGGCCCUGGCCCGCUGCCGCCCGGGGACGGCCCUCCCACACUCAGGAUUCCGAGGACUUGCCUUCAGCGUCAACCCCAACUCGGAGAAGGCGGCCGCCCGCAGCCCACACAGGACCGCGGGCCCUCGACUGCUCGGCGGCGGCGGGCUGAACUGUGAAUCCGGAAGGGAGGGAGUCCCCGGCUGCUGGGCCACCGGCAUCCGCAGGCCAAGGCGUUCUUUCCGUCUUCAUGUUAUUUUUCCCUGAGUAGGUGGAAAGGAAGCACCCAUUUUUACAAAGUUUUUUCUUCUUCUCGUUUUGUUUUGUUGUUGUUGUUUUUUUUGCUGAUGUCUGAGGUACAGUAUAAACCUAAAAACUUGUUCGUGGAACCAACGUUUGAAAGGCAAGAAACCUGUUCCAGCAGAAUCCCGAAAGGCAGAGCUUUAGGACAGCGUGUGCUUUGUUUGUGUUUUAUUUGUGUGCGUGUGUGUGUUUCUUAAUCAUCCAGGCUGAAGGAGUUUUUGUUUUUUUUGGAUUUUGUUUGUUUUCACAAAAUCAGUUCCUCAAGUUGACCAAUAGCUGCUGCUUUCAGACGAUACAGGAGUCUGCCGUGCAGGAUGUGAGCUCGUGUGCACACCCCUGCGUCCGUGUGUCCAGGCCAGACACAGGCGGUGCGCGUGCAUAUGCGUGCGAACGUGCACGCUGAAUGACGCUGUGGGGCUCGCUCACAAAGGCGCUCCCCGUGGAUGUGAGCUUGAUGCAGCCCUCCUUUCUUCCUCACCGGCCGGGAGACUGUACCCACCGCAGGGUCUUUUCCCCGUGCCCGGCCUCGGGCCUGAGGACGCUUCUCUCCCUCAAUGUCAGGGAAAGGUGUCCAUCGACUGGCGGAGCCACGUUGCUUUUGGAAUGAGGGCCCUUGUCAAGACCGGACAGAGCCAGGACGACAGGAGGAGAAGACAUAAAGGAACUGAGAUGGCAAAACACUUUGCGAAUAUAUUCGUGACAUAUUUAAUUUUUUGAAAACUGUCCAGCAUUAACCUCAUACCCAACGGACUGUUUCCCAGGGGCAGGUCGUAGGUUGGUCUUGCCCGUCGGAGGUGGGGAGGGCGGGGCGAGUGAGGGCUCUCUUGGUUGGGUCUGGAAAGCACCCAUUGUCUGGGAAUAAAGCCACAUUAGCUGCUAGCCAUCUGGACGUUGCGGGCCACGCGAGGCAAGGGCGUGGGCGGCUGUGUCAGAGAGGUGGUGGUGUGGUGACGGCCCAGUCUGCUUGGUCCAGCUGGGAACUAAGCCCUGCCCACACCCCAGGUUCCACAGGCCCCUCGCACGCUUCCUCCCCUCGGUAUGCGUUUUCUGCAGUCCCUGCGAGAACCCAGCGACGUCCGGUCCCAAAGAGCAGCCGCCCGUGGAGACAAGUGUCCGCAUCCACGAAGGGGCGCGGAGUCUGAGUCCGCUCAGCGGCGGUGGGUGCCCGGGUUUAAGCAAUAGUCAGCAGGACCUGCCGGAGACACCUGCUGCCUCCUCAGCCCUCGGAGCACCUGCUCGUCCUGCGGACUAACCUUCUAGAAGCUGCUCUGCACCCAGCCCCCUUAGCCGUGCCGGGUGUGGGGUCUGAGCAGACGCCUCAGGUGCCCGUGGGCAUCACCAUCCCCAGGAGAGGAGCCCCGAGGCCAGGCCAGCGCGAGGCCUGCACACCGCAGCGGAGUCACGUGCCCGCGUGAACCCGCCGUCCCUUCUCUCGGGGAACACUCAGCUGCUCAAAUAAGGACACAGUGAACUCUUUCCUUGGUUCCUCAGAGCCACCGCCCACAGUGGCUCCUGUCUCACCCACGUCUGAUGGCUUGCUCCUCCUCUUCCUCUCCUGAGGGCUCUGGGGUUAAGGAUGGGGUAGAGGCACCAUGGCCCCCUCUGGGCCGCCUUGGUUCUUGGUUACGAGCACACGUAGACCCACGUUACAGUGGUUUAUGUAUCUGAUCUGAGAAAUCAGCCAGCGAGCCUCAGUGAUUGGACCCAAGAAGCAGAGAAUGCAAAUUAUUUUCGCCAAUUCGUUUUGUAAAUACAAGAGGGUCUGCCGGUAAAUUAUAAAACACGUUGUAGGUCUAGGUCUUUUGUUCCUUUGAUAGUCAAUUUGUAGUGGCCGUAUACUACAUUCGCAGCAAUUUUCACAUUUUUCUAAUCCAGAAAGGUUUUCUUACAUUUCGGGGGGAAAAUUAUUUAUUUUAAUAUAUAAAAAUCACUUUCGUACAAAACGGAGCGCGUGUAAAUUUUUAUCAAAGAAAAUUAGGUGGAUGUGGGGGUCCUGGUCUCCCCACCCCCCAGCACAGUCUACCUCAGGGUAUUGUUAGGACGUGGUUCAGUAUUGGUCACCUGGAGCCUCCGACUUCGGCCCAGAUGUGUGGAGUCAUGAGAGAUCCCAACAGCUGGCUCAGACUCCGGGCACUGGGAGGAAUCGUGGGGGAGGGAGUGUGCGUGGAGAAGGUGUCACCUUCCUGGGACUACAGGUUGACAAUAUUCUCUAAAUUCAAUCUGCCUGCCUUUUUUCCCCCCCUCCCAUUUUUGGUUGUUUGUUUUUUUUUUGGCCUCCACCCAUCAGCGUUGUGCUCCCCAACAUGAACCAAGUUUCAGGCCACCGUGACAUACCUGAUGUGUGGGGUACCUCAACCUCAUCUCUCCCCCCCCCCACCUUUUUUUUUACUGAGAAGUGGGUGCUCCCUGCUGGAGCAAAAGGCUCUGGUGUCGAGCCAAUGUCUGUGGGCCCCCCAGCCAACAGCCAGAUGUCCUGGUCGCCAGUGGACGCCCCCCCUCCCACGUCGUCGACAAGGAGGCCCCUGAGGGAGGGCAGUGGAUCACCACCCAUGCGUGCGUGUCUCACCCCCAGGCCUGUGUUCCUUUUUAUUUGCCGAGUGGAGGGGGGCGCUGUGAGAAGUCCCCGACCUCAGACCCACCAGCACACAGAGCAUGUCUUGCGUCCCCAGAGCGGAGGCGGCUUGGCUGGGGGCCCGGCUGAUCUCCAGCUGCCCCUGUUGGACUUGGUGGACGCACGUGCCUCCGGGGGGCAGGGCUGUCGCCCGGCCCUGCUCUCUCCACACCUUUCUGGCAUCGCCCUCCAUCUGCCGCCGGAGAGGGGUGUGUGCCAGGCCCUCCCUGCGUCAUGGGAUUUUGCCCACUUCGCGUAGCCCUUUCUGCGGCCGGCCGAGAAAAGAGCAAGCGGCAGUUGGGUCAAAAGGCGAAGCAGCCUCUUUGAUCGGGAAGUGUUGACUUUGUAACAGUAGAACUUUGGUCUCAAAGCCGGUGUUUGUCGGAUGGGCUUAGGGCCGUGACAGAGCUGCCCUUCGGUCGGAGCUCUCUGUUUGUCUUUCACGACGACACCUGCCUGUGGAGACCCAGUUCCUUCAUUUGGUGAAAGUCUCCUGGGAGGACAGCCCCAGCCCCAGCCUUUCGCCCCGGGGUCCGUGGGGGCAAACAGAACCGACGAUACCGGCGUUCUUGGUGCUGUGCUGGGUGUGUGGUUGGUUCGAAGCUCACAGGAAGGGAGUGUGCUGCGUGUUCUCGGGAAGAAGUAGACCGAAUCCAGCAGAGAACGUGGGGACGGACACGAGGGUCCACACACCCGAUCCGGUGACCGUGGGGGACUGUGCCUCUGAGAGAGAGGUCCCCUACCGUCUCCCACCAGGCCGACACGGCUGUGGAAGGUUCUUGCUGGCUAUUAGAGGUUUGCUCGGAGGCAACUGUCCCACUGGUCUGGGGCAGGGAUGCCGUCCGGGCGCGGCCGGUGCCAGCCGUGUGCGGAAACGAGUGGCUGUACUGUGGCCACAAGGCGGUCGGUGGCCCCAUUUCACAGUGAGUGGAAGCUUGGGGUUACAUGCCUCUGGGGUACCACCUAGUGAGUCCCCAACACCUCAGGCUCUUUAGUCGAAUUGUUUUUGUGGAGACUGGGGACUGAAGCAUGCCGGUUAUGGACAUAAGGGACGUGGAAUGGUGUCACUGCAGAAACCCUUCCAGAAGGAUCUAGAGAGAGUGGCUUUGUAGCAGAGGAGAGGCCGGUGAUGGCCAGAGCGGAUUAGGUGAGUGUUUUACCCGGAAGGUUGUGAAGGACUGUCAGGGGCUGUACCUAACGGUGAAUGUUUCCUUCGGGCCUUCCCCCCUCCAGAAAGGAAAGGAAGCAAUGGAUUUCGUUAAAGCUCAGUCUCACCUUCACAUAAGGUAGCUGAGGUCUGGAACCAGGCUUCAGGCCGACUUGUCUUGGAGUGUUGGCCCUGAAAACCCUUGCUAAGCAGCGGAGGGGUAGCGAGUGGCUCUGGGACUCCAGGGCCCACUUCAGAAGGUGGAGUGGCUCCCAGUGAGUGCAGCCACGCAGAUGUCCUGGCACGGCUUGUUCAGUCUUUAUACUUCGCAUCAAAGUUGCUGCCCUGGCUCCUCCGGGCGCCUGGGUGGCAUUGGCGCUGUGUGUCCGCAGACGCUGCUUGUCCACGGUCAGCAGCACAGAGUCAGAUGUGCCGCGAUUUCAGCGGAAAACAACUCAGAAACACAUGAACCCAAAAAAAAAAGCUCAAUUACUAUUUUUUUCAAUGUUUUCCUACAAGAGCCAAGUAGUAAAAUGUAUAUAUAUGCCUUUUUUUUGAAUAUUGAAAUCAUUCUGCAUGUAAAAUAUUGGGUAAUGACCUGUUUAUAUUAAAAUUACAAAUAAACUUC